AAAGACAUAUGCUUCACCAAUAGAUUUUCAUUCAAUUCAAAUCCAAGGUGAAGGAAAAACAAAGUAAAAACAGCAACAGAAAUGGCUACGAUAACAAGUACAGGAGGAUCAGUUGAGUACGUGGAUUAUAAGCCCGUGUCUGAACUCAUGGAAGAAGAAGGAGCCAACAUAUUACUUGUUCAUCUUCCAGAUUUUCAAAAGGAGCACAUGAAGAUCACGUAUGUCCAUUCGACUCGUUUGAUUAGAGUUGCUGGAGAGAGAUUGAUCACCGGUAACAAAUGGAGCAUGUUCAACCAGACAUUUCCCGUUCCUCAAAAUUGUGACGUCCAGAAAAUUCAGGCCAAGAUUCAAAAUGGUGUUCUCACCAUUACAAUGCCAAAACUCACACCUUCAAUCCCUCCGAAUCCUUCCUCUACAACUACUGCAAGCAAAGAAGAAAAUGAUAAGACAGCGACUCAAAUCCCUCAGCAACCCAAAACUUUUGCUGAUACAGAAAAACAAUCAGCAGCUCAUAUCCCUGGAGCCACUGUCGCUUCGACGACUGAUGGUACCAUGAAGCCAAAAGAUGAAAAGAGUGACAAAGUUGGCGAAGAAAAGAUCAAGGAAAAGAAAGAAAGGAAGGAAGGAGAAGUUGAAAAGAGUGACAAAGUUGGCGAAGAAAAGAUCAAGGAAAAGAAAGAAAGGAAGGAAGGAGAAGAUGAAAAGAGUGACAAAGUUGGCGAAGAAAAGAUCAAGGAAAACAAAGAAAGGAAGGAAGGAUACGAGAAUACAAGUGAAUCCAAACAAAAGGAAACUAGCAAGGAAGUAAAAGAAUCAUCCUUAGCUGAUCAAAGUGAAGAAAAUGGCAAGAAACGAAAGGAAGCGAAGGUGACGAGACCUGCUGAAAAAGCUAAAAGUUUGAAAUUUGGUGGUGUAGGAGAUGAAGAGAAGCCAAAGGAAGAUUUGUUAGGUGAGAAAGUGAAGAAUGUGGCAUUUGCUCCAAAGAAGAGUGUGAUGACUCUGAGCGAAGAGAGGCAAUCUUUGGUGAAUAUUGGUGCGGCAGUUCUAGUGAUUGCAGCUCUUGGGACUUACAUCUAUUAUAACUAUGGAUCAUCUGGAAAUCCCACGGACUAGCUUUUCUAGCAUAUUCCUUAAAUAAAUACUGCUCAAAUUAAUAACAUCGAUCAAUAUUAUAUAUGUUUCUGUUAUAAAAACAUUUAUUUAUAUAUGAAAAUAAUUCAAAACCCGAAAAUCUAUCAACUAAUUAAUUCAUGUUUUAC